GGCUGGGACCUCUUCGACGCGGCCCGCGAGCUCCAGCGCCUGGGCAUCCCCGACGGCGCCUGGCGCGUCACGGCGGCGAACGAGGACUACUCGCUCUGCCCGACCUACGCGCGCGUGCUCGCCGUGCCGCGGUCCGCGAGCCUCCGCGAGGUCGCGGCCUACCGGUCCAAGGGCCGCAUCCCCAUCCUCUCCUGGCGCGACCCCGUGACCCACGCGACGAUCUCGCGCUGCAGCCAGCCCCUCGUGGGGGCAAGAGACCGGCGUCUACCGGGCGGCGAAGCAACCAUCGAGCAUCCGCGCAGCGCGCUCGCGCACCGCGACGCCGACGCGAAGCCGCCCAUGCUGCUCGUCGUCGACGCGCGGAGCCCGCUGGCCGUCAAGGGGAACCAGAUCGCGGGCGGCAAGGGCACGGAGACGUUGGAGCACUACGAGGGCGUGCGCAUCAGCUUCAUGGGCAUCGCGAACAUCCACGCGGUGCGCGCGGCCCACGACGGCUUGGUGGACGCGGUCUGCGGCCGCGGCGACUUCGCGGCGGCGUGCGCGUCGAGCUCGGGCUGGUUCGCGCUGCUCCAGCGGCUGCUCGCGGCCGUGGUCCACGUCGUCGACGCCGUCGCGCGCCACGGCGUGCCCGUGCUCGUGCACUGCAGCGACGGCUGGGACCGCACGCCGCAGCUGACCGCGGGGUCGAUGCUGCUCAUGGACCCGUUCUACCGGACGAUCCGGGGCUUCGCGGUGCUCGUGGAGAAGGAGUGGUGCGCCUGCGGCCACAAGUUCGCGGAGCGGCACGGCUUCGACGACAAGGGCCACGCGUCGAGCGACCGCAGCCCCUGCUUCCUCCAGUGGAUCGACCUCGUGCACCAGGUCCGGCGCCAGGCGCCGGACGCGUUCGAGUUCAACGUCGAGUUCCUCGUGACCGUCGCCGCGGCGGCGAGCGACGGCUGGACGGGGACCUUCCUCUUCGACUGCGACCGGCUCCGCGAGGCCCACAAGCUCAAGGACCGCGCCGUGUCGCUCUGGUCGCACGUCGAGGCGCGGCGCCGCGACUUCAAGAACCCGACCUACCGCCCCGACGACCGCGUCAUCUACCCCCUCGUGGGGCGCCAGCACCUCGUCCUCUUCGACGCCUGGUUCCAACGCUGGCAC